GUCACUUUUCCUGAAGUGACAGUAAAGUGAGUCUGAGACAGCAGAGCUGCAGUCGAGACAAGUCUCUCUGUUUCUCUCUAAAGAAACAUUCAACUGAAUCCAGCAGCUUUUUCUCAACAACAACAACAACAACAACAACACAACAGAAUCUCUGACAAACACUGUUCAGGUUCUCAUUACUUCCUCCACCGCUCCCUGUUGGUGACGGCCCACAGAAGGAGGAUCAACACUGAAGGAGGAUCAACACUGAAGGAGGAUCAACACUGAAGGAGGAUCAACACUGAAGGAGGAUCAACACAGAAGGAGGAUCAACACUGAAGGAGGAGCUGUAGAGUCACUUUUCCUGAAGUGACAGUAAAGUGAGUCUGAGACAGCAGAGCUGCAGUCGAGACAAGUCUCUCUGUUUCUCUCUAAAGAAACAUUCAACUUAAUCCAGCAGCUUUUUCUCAACAACAACAACAACAACAACACAACAGAAUCUCUGACAAACACUGACUGUAGACAUGUCUGCUGCCAGCUGUCAGCUGACUGAGGAUCAGUUUCUGUGCUCCAUCUGUCUGGAUGUGUUCACUGAUCCAGUCACCAUACCAUGUGGACACAACUUCUGUAAAGCCUGCAUCACUCAACACUGGAACAUCAAUGUCCCCUAUCACUGUCCCAACUGUAAGAAGUCUUUCUCCACCAGACCUGAGCUGCAGGUCAACACCUUCAUCUCUGAGAUGGCUGCUCAGUUCAGACAGUCAGCUCAACAGAAAGCCAGCAGCAGCAGCUCAGAGCAACAAGCUGCCAAACCAGGAGAAGUUCCCUGUGACGGCUGCACUGGAACCAAACUGAAGGCCCUGAAGUCCUGCCAGGUGUGUCUGGAGUCCUACUGUGAGACUCACCUGGAGCCUCAUCUGACAAGACCAGGUCUGAAGAGACAUCAGCUGAUCGACCCCGUGGAGAACCUGGAAGGCAGGAUGUGUACGAAGCACAAUAAACUGCUGGAGCUGUUCUGUAAGACCGACCAGACGUGUGUCUGCAUGCUCUGCACUGUUCUAGACCACAAGAACCAUGAUGUUGUUUCUCUGGAAGAAGAAUAUGAAGGAAAGAAGGCCGAGAUGGAGAAGACUGAGGCUAAAACCCAGCAGAUGAUCCAGAAGAGACAACUGAAGAUUCAGGAGAUCAAACACUCGGUGGAGCUCAGUGAGGAAGAUGCAGACAGAGAGAUAGCAGGUGGUGUUCAGGUCUUCACCGCUCUGAAGGAGUCUGUUGAGAGAAGCCAGGCUGAGCUCAUCGACACGAUCAAAGAGAAGCAGAGAAAGACAGAGAAACAGGCUGAAGGCUUCAUCAAAGAGCUGGAACAGGAAAUCUGUGAGCUGAAGAAGAGAAGCACUGAGGUGGAGCAGCUCUCACGCUAUGAAGACCACCUCCACCUCCUCCAGAGCCUCAGGACCCUGAAGGCUGCUCCACCCACCAAGAACUGGGCUGGAGUCAGAGUCAGUCCACCUUCAUAUGAGGGGACUGUGAUGAGAGCUGUGAACCAGCUGGAGGAGACGCUCAGUAAACAGAUGAAGAAGCUGUUUGAGGUCGAGCUGAAGAGGAUCCAGCAGUCUGCAGUGGAUCUGACACUUGAUCCUGAUUCAGCACAUCCUGAGCUCAUCCUGUCUGAUGAUGGAAAACAAGUUAAACUUGGUGAUGUACAGAAGAAUCUUCCAAAGAAUCCACAGAGAUUUGAUUCUUGUGUUAUUGUCUUAGCAAAGCAGAGUUUCUCUUCAGGAAGAUUUUACUACGAGGUUCAGGUUGAAGGAAAGACUAAGUGGACUUUAGGAGUGAUGAGAGAGUCCAUCAACAGGAAGGGAAGCAUCACACCGACUCCUCAGAAAGGUGUCUGGAUGAUAUGGUUGAGGAAUGAGAAUGAGUACUCAGCUCGUGCUGACCCUCCAGUCCGUCUCUCUCUGAAGUCUCGGCCUCAGAAGGUGGGGGUGUUGGUGGAUUAUGAGGAGGGUCUAGUCUCCUUUUAUGACGUUGAUGCUGCAGCUCUUAUCUACUCCUUUACUGGCUGCUGCUUCACUGAGAAACUCUUCCCACUCUUUGGUCCAUGUCUUAAUGAUGGUGGUAAAAACUCUGCUCCUCUGAUCAUCUCUCCUGUCAAUCACACUGAGUAGAACAACCACUGGAUUUAAUAAGGAGAGAUUAUCUAAUAUUGAAUAUAACAAAUCUAUAUCAUUGGUGACCUACGUUAUUGAUUUAGUAUAUUCUGAUCAAAGGUUUAUUUUCAGUAAAUGUGUUUCUUUGAUUUUUUACUACUCCAACACACAACCUUUAAGCCAGUGUUUGAUAUUAUUUAAUGUAGAUUAAUAAAGUUGAUAACUGUUUCAUGCCUUCAAUAAUGUUUAAUCACCAAAAAAGAAGUCCUCGCGAAUAAGAAGCAUUUGCAUGUUCCUUGAAUAUCUGGGUGGCAGUGUUUUAUUGUUUGAUCAUCGUAUAAAUAAUACGUUUUGCAUACUGAGUUGUUUUUUUUACCUGAAUG